AUGGCGAUUCAAGCUGUUGGUGUGCUGUUGACAAUUGCCUGUGUGGUUGGCAAAAUGUCUGCAGCUCCGAAUGUUUUAUUUAUAAUGGCGGACGAUCUACGGCCGGAGCUUGGAUGUUAUUACGAGGCCGGGAGCCAGAUCCACCCCAACAUGUACACACCUAAUAUUGACGCACUGGCCGCGCGCUCACUCCUCCUGAAGCAUGCCUACGUUCAGCAGGCCGUGUGUGGACCCAGCCGGACCUCCAUGAUGACCGGCCGCCACCCAGAAACCUCGCAGGUCUACGACUUGGACACUUACUGGCGGGACGCAGUGACCGGAAACUUCACCACAAUACCACAGUAUUUCAAAGACAAAGGAUACACGACCGUCGGCAUGGGAAAAAUAUUCCAUCCUGGAAGCGCAUCCGGGUACAACGAUCCGGCGUCAUGGAGCUUGGACUAUUACGACGCAGACGAUAAUUUUGAAAGCUCACAGCUGAGCUGGAACAAUGUCAGUGAUACGGUCAUCGCAAACACAGGUAAAGACCUGCAAGAUCAGAAUGUAACCGACUAUGCGCUCGACCUGCUGGACUCAUUCGCGUCAACGGGUGAGAACUUUUUCAUGGCGGUAGGCUUCCACAAACCUCAUUUACCCUUCGUGAGCCCAGACUCCUUCUUUUCUUACUACCCAGAGAGUUCCAUAGAAGAUGUCACGAACCCGUUCGCACCAUGGGAGAUGCCUGACGACGCCUGGUUUAAGUACGCGGGCCUCCGGAAGUACGACGACAUCGCCGCUCUGGGCGCCACCGGUGACAUUAAUACCACCCUCCCUGAUGAAACAACAAAGGAACUCCGUCGGGCUUAUUACAGCGCUGUCUCGUACAUUGACGAUCUCGUCGGGAAGAUAAUAAACAAAACGGAAGAGCUCAAUAUUGACAACAACACAAUCAUUGUUUUCCUGGGAGAUCAUGGCUUCACGCUCGGGGAACACGGGUUGUGGAGUAAGAAUUCAAAUUUCGAGCUGGCUACGCAUGCGCCGUUGAUGAUCCACAUUCCCGGGAUGACGGACACUGGGAUUGAGUCAGACAGCCUCGUCGAAUUUGUGGACAUCUUUCCAACGCUAGUUAAAGCGACCGGCUUCUCUGACGUAGGCAUCUGUGCUUCCGGAAGCGAGUCGACCACGACACUAUGCCAUGAGGGCAUAAGCCUCUACCCACUCAUAUCUAAUUCUUCCGCCGAGCUGCGUUCCGCAUCCUUUUCUCUGUAUCCCCGCUUCAAGAAGAACACGGAGAGAAUGGGCUACUCGAUCAGGACCUCCCAGUUCCGGUAUACGGAGUGGGUGAAGUUUGACUCCGCCACAAACACCCCGACCUGGAGCAGGAACUUUGGAACUGAACUCUACGACCAUUCCGUUGAUCCAGAGGAAAACUACAAUGUCUACGCCGACCCGAAUUACAGUAGUGACGUCACUUCCCUCAGCGCCAUGCUACAGGCAGGUUGGCGUAACGCCUUAGUGUGA